AUGCUCAGUAGCCCACUCGCAGCGUCGGUAAGCCGCAGAGUAGGACGACAGACGCUCAUCUGUCUUGGGCUCAUGCUCAGCGGUUGCAGCACCAUCGCCUUCGGAUACGCCACCGGGACGCCUUCGGCGUUUCUGCUGCGGAUCUUGCAAGGGCUCGGCUCAGGCGCUGCGGUGGUGGGCUCAUUCUCCAUGAUAUCGGAAGAGUUUUCUUCCCAUGUCGGACAGGUUCUAGCAAUCCAGGAGUUCAUUGUCGCAGCAGUCUUCGUCAGCUCACCACCGCUUGGAAGCUACCUCUAUGAGACCCAGGGAUACGAAAUGCCAUUCCUGGUGUCAGGUGUAGCGCAGAUUAUGGUCGUGAUCAUCGUCCCUUUUGUCUUCGUCGAAUUCUCACUCCCGGAAGGCAUCUACGCUGCGGCAAGGACGCGAUCCGCUUCAGGAUCUAGUAUUGCACGAUACAAGGACGUUUUGACGCCCACUUGCAUGAUCUGCCUCGCCGUAACCACCUUUGCGAUGUCUUCGUUUUGGGCGCAGAGCACGUGGCUGUUGGCCUGGGGCUCGCUCUGA